ACUAGAGCGUGAAUAACGGUACGCUACAGUAUUAAACAUCAUGUUUCACCGACACACUAACGUCGAACAUAUAUGGCGUUUAUAAAUAAAUCAGUAAACAACCAAACUGGCCUUUUCUGUCUGUAAAUUAAGACGAGCAUCAUUGCAAGCUUUUAUUCAGCAUUUAAAAUGGCCUGGGUCUGGAAGAGGAAGUCGGUGAUAGUCAGCAGCAGUCUGAUCGUGGUGCUGUGUCUGUUUCUGGUGGUGAUGAAUUACUCGGAGAAGCCGUACUUCCUGCUGCAGCCGAUGUUGGGCCAGAGUUUCAGCAGAACCUGGAUGUUCUCCCGGGCGCCACACAAAGCCUUCAGACCUCACUACGGAUACCUCAGCGUCCCCUCACAGAAGCCAUUGAAGCUCCAUUGUGAGGUUUGCAGUAUAGUGUCCAGCUCUGGACAGAUGUUGGACCGUGAAGCUGGGCCUGACAUCGACCAGUCUUCGUGCAUAUGGAGGAUGAACAAUGCACCCACGCGUGGCUUCGAGAGGGACGUGGGCCACAGGACGGACCUGAGGGUGGUGUCGCACACCAGUGUUCCUCUGCUAAUCCAAAAGCCCCAGCACUUCUUUGGUCAGGGGAAUGAGACCGUCUAUGUGGUGUGGGGACCCUUUCGCAACAUGCGUCAGGAUGGCAAGGGAAUUGUGUACAACAUGCUGAAGCAGGCUGUGGAAAACUACCCGCAUGCUCGAAUUUAUGUCACCACGGAGGAGCGCAUGAAUUACUGCGACACUGUAUUUAAAAAGGAGACUGGGAAAGACAGGAUUCAGUCGGGGUCUUACCUGAGCACCGGUUGGUUUACGCUCAUUCUGGCAAUGGACAUGUGCAAAGAGAUCAGAGUCUACGGGAUGAUCAACGACACAUACUGCAAGUCAGAAAGCUUCAGGAAGGUGCCGUACCACUACUACGAAGCAGGAAGUCGUGACGAAUGUGCCGAGUACCUCUUGCACGAGAGUGCCCCCUACGGCGGACACCGCUUCAUCACAGAGAAGGCUGUGUUCGCGAAGUGGGCCAAAUCUCAUCCCAUCAAGUUUUUAAGUCCAGAGUGGCAGCUGUCAUGACCAAUGGAAUGUCCUCAACACACCAAAACUUUGCCACGCCAAGGCUGGAAAAAUCUUUCACACUGCAAUGUCACAGCACCAGUUGUUUGAGUGCAGUAAGUAUCCCAUCCUAACCAUGAGGAGACGUCUGUAAUGCAUCUGGUGUUGAAUUUCUGUGAGCAAGUAGUGGAUUUUGCAUGUUCUCAUUGUUUACUCAUCUGGACAGUCGAGUAGCAGAUGUUUUCCUCGGAGCACAUACACACUCCACAGAAUAGAUGCGCUAAUAAUGUGAUGCUCUGCUUUUUCUUCAUCUCUGGAGACAGAAAAUAAGAAACGUUUUGCAUCUCGUAUCACAAAAACUGAUGCAGACUUUCCAGGAAGGUUGCUGGAUCUCACCUUCUGCAAAAGGGUUUAUGUAUUUUUGUCUCAUAGACAACCAUUGGAAUGAAAUCAACCUUCCAAACCUUCCACCUAAACACACAAUUUUGCAUGAAUUUUAGGUCAUUUAGGAACUUUAGCAUAUCAAUUUUGACAUGGGAUAGUUUAUUUUAAAUCUCUGUGUAAAAAAUAUGUAAGUAUAGAGGCAUUUGUUAAUGUCAAGCACGGAGGAAUAGUUCAGCCCAAAAUGAAAAUGCUGUCAUUAUUUACUCCCACACAUGUCAUUCCAAACCCAGUGUUUUUCUUUUUGUCUGGUUUGUUUGGGAGCUUGACAGAUCUGCUCACUAUAAACUGUCACUGUAUGGAGAAUAGUUGCUAGAAGAUUCUUCUAAUUUCCCUUUUCUGUUCCACAAAAAAAGCAUCUGGCUUUGGCACGACAUGAGGUCUAGAAAAUAUAGAAUCUGCAUUUAAAACAGAAAGCAACAGCGCAAAUGUUGCAAUAACGCUUUUGAGUUCAUGAAGGCUUGCCACAAAUAGAAGACAUGAGUAUACGUGUAGGAAAGGUUCAUUGAAGUUGUCAAGAUUGUGUCUGUAAGAAGCGUAGCGUAUUUUCCAAAGCGUUGCUACCCAAUCCAUCACUUUCCCUAUGCCUUAUUUGCUUGUUUAAAAUGACCCUCCCUUCCAGAACCCACCGAUGUCCCGAAUUCUCUGAAGAUGAAAGUACACUCUCCCUGUGUGUCAGAUCAGCAGGUUAAUUUGAUUAGCCACUGUAGCCGUGUGCCGUUGCAUCACAUAAACCAGCAGAUAAUGCAGCGCCCUGGGGGCCCUCCCACCGUGUCGCAGCGUCCCCCCGUGCAUCUCGUUGUGUUUUCCUUCAUCAAGCACAGCAUGAGGCAUCUUGCACGUAUAUCAGGAAUAUUCAUCAUCAUCUGUACUGUACGGAACACGUUUUCCUGUCAGCUUGUGAUUAUCAUCAGGCAGCUCAGCCAGGACAGCCUUUCUCUCUCUCUCUUUGUUCUGUGCACGUUUGACCAAUGUCUUUGUAGCACUCCAACACGGCGUGAGCACCGUUGCAGUGCCAUUCGUUUUCCCCGGGAAGAAUGAUCUAGCCACUGGAUGGACCGGCUGUGGGAGCAUUAUAUACAGUAUAUGCUGUGACAAUAUACAAGAUACACGGCGAACAAGAGCGAGGAGUGCUUUGAUGAGAUACCGCUCACGUCUUUGGCCAAGUUCAUUUAAACAAUUGACGGCAGGUCAGUUUCUCAGAGUGCUGACCCGGGAUCAUCAUUUGCUGUUGUUUGUAUUGAUUUCGAUCAGCAUGUGUUAAAAAGCAGACCUGAUUAGGAAACAGCACUUUCACUUUGUGUUUUUGAAUUAUGCUGUUCACGCCUACCUACACACAUACUGUAUUUAGGGGAAAGUGGGAUAAGCUGUGCCACUUUUUAAUUAAAUUGGUUUAUUAAUAGACAUCGAGAAAUGAGAUUGAGGUAAAUAAAUAAUACGCCUAAUUAUAUUUUAGCACGUCAACUGAUUAUCGAGCGAUUAACUUUACGGUUAGCUUAGUCACGGACACAUCUUAUCCGAUUCACCUAACACACUUUACCCUACAGCUACAAUUUUAGAACGUUGAAUAUUUCAUGUCUAAAUGGCUAGCUGAAUCAUUUAUAAUUUUCAUCAUUUCAGCAACAUAUUUUAAGGCCGUUUCUCAAUAUGCGUUCUUCAGCGGUUUUGUGUCCUCGCGUUCUCGCUCUAUGUCAUCAAUAACCGUCAAAGUCCGGUUCCAAUACUAAAGAACAGAGAACGCAUGAAAGUACCCGGAUGUGUUCUCGAUAUCAUGGAUGCAUCGUAUGCAGCCUUGCGUGCCUACGGAAUCCGUUUGAAGUCCCAGGAGUCACUGCGGCGCGUCCAUCUAAGUUCGUUCUUUGGAGGCUGCCUCGCAAGACCGGUCUCCACAAGAACACAAGUCCAUUCUUUGCGUUCGUUCUUGGAAUUGAGAAACGGCCUAAGACUUCACUGUAGGCUAAAGUUUUGAUUUGAUAAAGUGUGCUUUUGUAAUGAUUGCUCAAUCGCAGGCAGCUGUAACAGACCCUUUCAGAAAAUAUAGCAGCGACAAACAUUGUGUAUGAUUUUUUUAUAUUAAAGUGCCAAGCUAUGGCACAUCUUACCCUACACUCCUCUACUUUUGACUCUGAAAGAACUUUGUUGUUUUAAUGUCUGAUCACAGUCUAUGCCUUCCAUAGAUCUUCAGCAGCAUUUGUGGUUCUGCACAAGCAUGUGAAUGUUGACUUAUCUCCAGUUAUUUGGCACAAAAUUCAGCACAUUUUACUGUCCUCAGCUUUGGACUCGUCUGUUAUAAGUGCUUUAACCUUUUAAAAGGGUUUUCUCUAUUUUGCAGUGCAAAGUGUCCUUUUUGUUGCUUUUAUUUUUAAUUUUGGUCAUUGUAUUUUAUUGCUUUUUUAUUUGCCAUUGUUUCGUAUGUCUUCACACAAUUAAAGGAAAAGUUCAUCUCAAAAUCCAAAUUGUGUUAUUUUGUAUAAAAAAAUGAACACAUGAAGUUCAACAUGUUUUAAGACCUCCCGGCAACUUCGGAACACAAAUAAAGAUAUUUAGGUGACAUACGAGAGUAUACCUCAUAGACAUCAUAAUUAUAGUUGUUGUUAAGGUCUAGAAAAGUACUAAAGACAUCGUUAAAUUGGUCCAUCCGCUCAUAGUGGCUCAACUGAAUGCGGGCGACUAAAAAAUAACACAAUUUUGAUUUUGAGAUGAACUUUAAGGCCAGAAAGAAUCUGUUUUGUGCAUAUUGAUUGGUGCUGAGGGUUAUGCCAUCCAUCUUUCUUAAUUUACAAAGAGUCAUAUACAGUGCCUUGCAAAAAGAACAGCUCCAUUAACAAAGACACAGUUGCCUUACAUUUGGCCUCUACCUGUGUAUCACUAAAAUUAUGUUUGCAUUAAAUCAAAUACAAUAUCCAGGGCUGGAUUAGGACAAAAAAAUUUGCCCUGGCAUUUUGGCCCAGAUCGGCCCAAAUACAGCAUGAUCACAAAUACCACCCUUCUUUGUGUUUCUACUACUAUUCCGUAAAAGCACUACAGCCAUAUAAUGAGUAGUAAAGAGUGAGAGAGCUGACACAAUAGAUACUUCUAAACUGUAAUUUAUUCAUUAUUAUUUUUUGACCGGUCCUAAAAAUAUACUAUUCACCUUAAAAACACUGCCAGCUGACUUACAGUUAAUGUUGAUGAAUGGUGGUUAACAGCAUAAUGUUUUCAAUUUAUGUGAGGCAAAGUCAUCUUCUGACUAACUUUGAACCUAUCAUCUUUGAACCUGAUGAACCUAUCAUCUUCUGACUAACUUUGAAAAGGCCAAUGAAAUUGGCCAAUGAAAUUUGCAUGCCGGUCUCCGCCCCGGACAUCCGGGUAUAAAAGGAAGACGACGCGCUGCAUUCAUUCACCUUUUGUUCUUCGGCGCCUUCGCAUCGGAUGACAAUUCUCAUAAUAUUGCUGGAUUCUUACGACGUGGUGCAGCGGAUCGUCCCUUCUCGUCAGUGACUUCCCCUGGGUGUCUCGGCAGCACCAGAGGUGUUUUAAUAAAAGAGCAAAUUUCUUCAGUGCGGCAUAUCCCGCUGUUCUCAUGGGGGCAACACUCUCAUCGAGGAGGGGGACGGACACGAUGUCUGCCUCAGGUGCUUGGGUGUCCGGCAUGCUGAGGCAGCAUUCGUGGAUACGUUCUGCCCACACUGCGGGCAGAUGACGAUCCAGACAUUGCGGUCCUCAUCUGCUUCCCGUUCCGUGACAGCAGCAGCUUCGGCCCUGCCGUCCGCCAUGGCAAGCGUGAUUGGGCUGCAGUGCACCGCACCGCCCCUUCCCCAACGCUCGCUGCUGGAUACUUGGUACCUCGCCCGACGCCUCCUCCUGUGGAGUCAACAGGUGACGAAGUCCAUGCGAGCCACACACAACCCGGACGACCUGAACCAGACAGCCGAUGCGCUCUCUCGUCAGUCGACGCCUCGCAGAGAGUGGCAACUCCACCCCCAUGCAGUCCAGCUCAUUUGGGUGCAGUUCAGGCAGGCACAGGUAGACCUGUUCGCCUCCCUGGACACCACCCAUUGCCCGCUAUGGUACUCCCUGUCCGAGGCCCCCCUCGGCACGGAUUCCCUAGCGCACAGCUGGCCACGGGACAAGCGGAAGUACGUCUUCCCCCCAGUGAGCCUCAUUGCACAAGUCCUGUGCAAGGUCAGGGAAGAGGAGCAUCAAAAUCUACUAGUUGCACCCUACUGGCCCAACCAGACAAGGUUCUCUGAGCUAAUGCUUUUGACGACAACUCCCCCUGGCCGAUUCCCCUGACGAAGGACCUUCUUUUGCAGGGGAAGGGCACGUUGUGGCAUCUGAGACCAGACCUCUGGAACCUCCAUGUUUGGCUCCUGGACGGGACGAGGAGAUCCUGAGUGCCUACCCCCUGCGGUGGUUGAGACCAUCACUCAGGCUACGGCCCCUGCCACUAGGCGGCUGUACGCCUUUAAGUGGCGCCUCUUCUCGUCCUGGUGCUCUUCUCGAGGAGAAGAACCACGGAGUUGCUCGAUCGGUAAUGUGCUGUCCUUCCUGCAAGAGAGACUUGAGAGUAAUCUCUCCCCUUCCACACUGAAAGUGUAUGUAGCCGCCAUUGCCGUUCAUCACGAACCAGUCUCUGGGACAGCACGACCUGAUCAUUAGGUCCCCUUUCGAGCCCCUGAGAGUAGCCACUCUUUCUCAUCUUACAAUGGAGAUGGCUCUCCUGCUGGUACUCGCCUACAUCAAGAGGGUAGGGGACCUACAAGCAUUCUCCAUGUCCAUGGAUUGCCUAGAGUUCGGCUUCGUGCCCAAAGUUCCCACCACUCCCUUUCGGGACCAGGUGGUGAACUUGCAGGCACUCCCCACCGGGGAGGAAGACCCAACCCCAUCCGUGUUGUGUCCAGUAUGCACGCUGCGCCUCUACUUGGACCGCACACAGAGCUUCAGGAGCUCUGAGCAGCUCUUUGUCUGUUUUGGGGGUCAGCAAAAGGGGAGGGCUGUCUCCAAACAGAGAUUGGCGCACUGGAUCGUGGACGCCGUCACCACGGCAUACCGGUCCCAAGAUCACCCGUGCCCGCUGGCAGUGAGGGCACACUCCACCCGGGGUGUAGCCUCCUCGUGGGCACUGGCCCAGGGCGCCUCUUUGGCAGACAUCUGCAGAGCUGCGGGUUGGGCUACACCCAAUACCUUCACAAGGUUCUGCAGCCUCCGCGUGGAACCGGUGUCAGCCCGAGUCUUGCAUGGACCAACAGGUGAGACCGGCGGCCGGUAGGGCGUACGCCUGCAAAAGCUUCUCCCCCCCUCCUAGGUGGGUCAGUGUGCUAUUCCGCCACCCUUCUUCCCCCACCGGGCGAAGAAUAGGCAUUCCAUCCAUCACUAAGCACUUCAGGGGGCCAGGCUGGGCGGAGCAGCCCUGCCUCCUUCGGCCGAGUUAUCUAGCGCAUAGCUCUAACCGGACCUAGUGCUCCAUACGAAGUAACCCCUCCCCAGCAGGGUGGUUCCGUCUGAUGUAUCCUCAUGGUCUGGUUCCCAUCUUGGUAACCCAUGACCUCCCCUAGGUGGACCUCCACCUCGCGGUACUCCCUUCAGUCCGCACAUUCCUCCCAUGAGUUCUCCCCUGCCGGCGAGACCAUGUUGGUGUCUCCACUUAACUCCUCCCUACGGUAGGUAGUGGUCUCCGUAGCGCGUUUCCUCAGUGAGGAAAUAGCGCUUCCCCAGUGGCCCUUACGGUGCCGGGUGGCUUCUCGAUGGUUCUCAAGUCAAACCCCAUUUUGUCGACACAACGUCUCGUUCCCUCCAUCAGGGAACAGAGGUUACAGACGUAACCGAGACGUUAUCAUCUUUGAAAAAACACAAGUGCAGGUCAUCACAUAAAUAGAUAGCUUUAAUGUUACAUACACAUAGAUCAAAUAGGGCCAUAUCAUUUUUUUUUUUCUCAAAUUAGUUUUUACCUUUUUAUUUUUUCUGAGUUCUGUGUUUUCAAUGCUUUAUACAAAUAGUAAUACGUUUAUCCAUAAAAUACUGUAGUAUACUGCAGUAAAACUCUAAGGUACUAUAGUAUUUCUGAAACAUACUAUAGUAAAUAUUAAAGUAUGGUAUACUAUAGUGUUUACUACAGCUUAUAAAUUUACUAAAGUAAAUUUUUUUUUUAAUCUGGUUGAAAUUAUUUGGACUUUUAUUUUGGCGGGUUGUUGCGAAGACUCUCGAGUUUCAGUGUGUGUUUGACGGUAGCUUCCUCCAAAUCCACCAGUGUCACGCUUGUAACAUGUUAAACUGUGCAAGUCAUUCACUCAUAUACACACACAGAACAAGCAGAUGACAUAUUUAAAUAGUAGAAUUACGCUUUUGCGAUUCCUACCCCACAUUGCGCAGAUUUUAAAGCUCUAGAUAAAUAGACUCAAUGCAGCUGGAAAACAAACGAAAAUAAAUAGUGGUGCGCCAUCAGUUAACCUCACACACGAACAAGCACAACGACAAUCGCAUGUCACACAAACACGCAGCUCUGUCUCAUGCACUUGCCAAACUGUGUCGCACGCGUGCUACACUGGUAAAUGUGUAAUUCGCACAUAAUUUUGCGAACAGGUAGUUUGUCUAUCACUUGUUUUUUUGACUAAUUUUUAUCAAGCGGUAUCACUGUUUUGAAAGCAGUUCUGCUUACUGCAAGGCGGGUUCUACACUAACAUCUCCGUCUCCUCAUUCCCAAUCUUCUCUCUGUGCUUGCCAAUGCCUCUAUGGCCACGAACAUUAUGAACAUCAUCAUCAGCCACAGAAGCUCAUGAUGGUCCGGCUGCUGCCAGAUUUUACUUUGCAGCGUUUGGCUGAAGAGGCCUAAUAUCUCUGUGCCUCCUUUGCGUUUCUCCUCCAUAAUCUUUCUCAUUCUUUUGACACAUGCUGCACACUGACGCUGGAUUCUCACAGAGGCCGGGGAGUUGUGUGAUUGGGCCAGCCCAGUGUCAUUUAAAAAAGAGCCAAUGGGCUGCUAAGUGUCUGAUGGGCCGAUCUGUUUUUUGACAAAUACAUCACGUCACCAGAAACUUGUACACCGCAAAUCGAUUUACGAGUUAAAAAAAUAGUAGAGAUGUAUCGGCCCAAAAAUACGUCAGCCCACCAGAAAAAUGCCCGGUAUGCCCGAUUACCAAUCCAGCACUGACAACAUCUCAAUAACACUAAAUGUGAGUGGUGUUUGUUCGUGCAAAACUCAUCACCACAGAGUGUAUUUGCAAGGGUGUUCUGGAUCAUUGGGUGGUUGCUGAUUAGUCCAAAUCAGAAAAGCCCACCCCCAGAUUUCUAUGAUAUUCAAAUCCCUCGAUAUUGCUUAGAUAUUAAUAACGUUCAUAACCGCCUGUAAUUAUACUGGCCAAAACGAAAGAUGGUCAGAAUGCAGUACUUUCAUUAUAACAUACUUUAUAAAAUAGUCAUUCAGUUGUGAUUAAUUAAAGAUAAUGCUUUUUAGCCAAAUUCCAAAGUGUACUGUCCAAGAGCUGUGUGCUCACAAUGGUGAUAGCAUAUGUGAGUUUUGAAAGCAGAGACCAGGCAAGUUGAUAACAAUAAAGAAUGCAAUAGAUGGAAAUCUUUCACCCUGACAGUGAUCCUAAACACUAGGUCAAUGUUAGAGUGAAAGAGGUGAGUUUCCAACAAUGCCCCAGUCAAAACCCUGAUUUCAGUCCAAUUGUAAAUCUCUGCCUGCAUUUGAAAAUCACAGUGCACAGGUCACCGACUAACCCGAAAUACCAAUUUGGCUGGAAUUGCACCUGAGCAGUGUGCAAAACUGGUGCAUGCAUUCCCCCAAAAACCUAGAGUUAUUACUGCUGCAGAUGUGGCUCUUUAAAUCACUCGACCAAUUUUAUUUUGUGGAACAAAAUAUUUUGAUUCUAUUUAUUAACGUUUAAUGAGAAAGUUUUGGAAACCUUUGCAAGGCACUGUAUCGUCCUGUCUUGAGCAUGUUAUGAAAGUUGCCUCGGAAGUAUUUCACAAAGCGGAUGUGUAAAAGCGUAAAUGUUGUUUUAACAUUGUUUUUUGGUGCACAGAAAAAAAUGAUUUUUGUGAUUCAUCUAAAAGGUGAUCAGAUGGAUUCAGACUGUUACAAAAUACAAUUACAUUUUUUAUGUACAUUUGCUAUCUAUUGUAUUUUCUUGUGCGAUUAACUAGAAAGCAGCAGGAACUAACCAGUUCUUCAUUUCCUUCUAAUUUAUCAUAACAGCUGUAUUUCUGAAAUCAUGUAUUUUUUACAUCUAAUGGGUAAUUUGUCUUCUGAAUUCAUGUUCUUGUUCUUCUUACUGUCAGGUGUUUGAAUAGCAUCAUAAGGCAUGACACUGUUAACUUUUCAUAGUAGCCCAUUCAGUGUAUCAGUAAUGAUCACAACCAUAUUUGAACCUUCAUUACUCAUAUUACAUACAUUAUUAUGUAUAUUACAUAUACAGUGGUUAUGUUGCUAUGCGUAAAUUAUGUAGCCUGGAUGAGCGAUCCCAUAUCCCGUAAUCUCUUGGUGUGUGGUGAUUAUUGAGAAAUAUCAGAUCACUGGUGGGUGUGAUUGACCAAUCAGAAAUGAGUAUUUCAGAGCGUUAUGUAAUAUGUGUAAAAACCCAGACUCCGAUUGUAGUAAUUGUAUCUGCUUACCCAAGCAGAAAAUGAUUUGCUGGAUAACAAAAUAAGUUUACACUCAUGAAAUCUUUCCAGCAUGUACACUUUGACUAUUACUUUUCUCAGUAGCUGAUGGCUGUUAUUGUCAAAUCAGAAUAAAUGCUCAGUCCCGAGCAGGAAAUGAUGUUAUAAUGAUGUAUUAUUAGAUGGUGACAUGCAUUACUGAUGCCUUUGAUGUAUUGGUGGGCUGCUCUGUUGUUUUAACAUGUGGUUAUUAGAGAAGCGAGGGGGAUUAUGAUCAAUGCUUAAACUCCUCAUUAAAGUGCAAAUGAACCAUCGGACAGUGAGAGGAAAUGAGUUUUAAAACCCCAUCUAGCACACAUUUCAUUCCAACACAUUUUUGCAUUUCUCCUGCUUCAUAUAUCUGCUGUAUCUUAAACUAUGAAAGUUUUAUAAAGACCUCUGUUGUAAAUGCCAGUGGGCAGUGCUGUGUCAUAGAGUUACUUUGCUGGGCAGGGUCAGAUAACACAUAAUUUCAGGGUUUUUUUUAAAUAAAAUUGUAUCUUUCUGUGCUAAUUCCCUUCAUUGAACUAAUGGCAGUUGUAUUGUGCUAUUAUCUAGACUCUUUGUAUGGUUUUUAAAGACUGUAUUGGGAACACCAGUGGAGUAUCUCUCUACAUCAGCAGUUCUGCAGAGAUGUGUAUAUACUGUAUACAGUAUAUUAUGAUUAUUAUUUUGCAGUGGGAAAAUCAUAACCUAUUAUAAAGUUUACAUUUUUGCUGUGGUAAAAUGUAAUUGCUCUUUGUUCUUUUAUAUUAUCACUUUGUCUUUAACAUCUGUAACUAUGUAUGCUGCUUUACCUCUUUUCCUGUUUGUCUGUUACAUUAAUGUGCUCGGUUUCUUCAGAAACAAAUGUUACACCUUGACAAAAUGGUGGCUUUUUAAGCUAUGUGAUUGUGUUACAUUCAUUUUUUACUUGCUGUCUGGCUUUUUGUAAUAAAUGAAGCAAAUGAAAUGAG